AUGUACGGAGGCAGCAUGGGCGGCAUGAUGGCGCUGGAGUGGGCAUUGCUUGGCCAGCAUUUCGUACGAUCCAUGGUUCUCGUCGCGACCGCAGCCAGACAAAGUCCUUGGGCCAUAGCCUGGAGUGAGAACCAACGGGCCACCAUAAAGUCCGACCCCAAGUUCCGUAGUGGGCGCUACGGUGACGAUCCUCCUCGAGAUGGCCUCGCGGCUGCACGCAUGGCAGCCAUGAUAUCGUACCGAACGCACUCAUCUUUCGAAAAGCGAUUCGGAAGACGCAGGUUGGAUACUUACGCAGCGCCCAAUAAGAUGCUCUCGAAAGUCAACGGUAACCGUGUGCCAUUCGCGGUCGAUGUGCAGUGUGCGGCGCGAGAUGAUGGGCACUAUGACAAGUCGGGUAUAUUCUUGGCGCAAAGCUAUCUGCGUUAUCAAGGAGAAAAGUUCAAUGCUCGCUUUGACGCCAACUGCUACCUGCAUAUCUUGGACAAGAUCGAUUCCCAUGACAUCGCCCGUGGCCGGUACCCGGGGUUUUCAGAUGAUGAGGCUAUGCUCAAAGUCCUCGGUCAGAUUCGACAGCGCACAUUGGUUGUCGGGGUCCCUACUGAUGGCCUCUACCCACUCUCUGAGCAAAUGUUCCUGUCCCAGGGUUUGAAGAAUGCAACUUUUGCAACGCUCCAGAGCGACGAUGGGCAUGAUGCGUUUCUCAUCGAAGGUGAACAGCUCAAUGGAUUGUUGCGAUCAUUCUUCGGCUCGGAUCAUGACCUAUCAACAUCGAUAGAAUAA